AUGGCUGACGGGAUAGACAGUCUUUACAAGACGUCAAUAUUCUCCAACGACAACAAACUCAGCUCUCUUUCAAAUACAAUUUAUUUUAAAAUCAAAGCCAAUCUGAUAGAAAAUUUAGGAAGUUGAUUUUUCCUAAAAUAUGAUUUAAGCACCAAAACUUCAACUCAGUAUAUGAUAGAGAUUAUUUCCAAUAUAAUUUCCUUUAGUCAAAUGGUGACUAUUUUAUGAUACCCCGAAAUGGAAAUUAAAAACUGAAAUAGUUAUUUUGGGUGGUGAAAAGUCCUAGGCUAUUUUUCAUUUGACACUAUUUUUGCUGCCUUGAAUGUGUAUCAAAUUGCAUUUUAUGCAUUUAUUUCCCAAAUUUUAUUAUAUACAUCAGCUAUAAUAGUUUUUUCUUUUUUCAAUUCUCUCUUCAAUCAAAGUAACUGGAAACUAUUUAAAUUAUUUUUGACUUUUCCAACUCAUAUUUUAGACAUAAUAUCAACAAUAGGAUUUAUUCCAACAAAUUUGAUAUUAAUAGUUACAAUUAAAUACUCACUUUUUUCGCAUUCGAAUAUAGACGAAUAUAAAAAUCUUACCCAAAAAGACGUUGAUGUAGGAGCUGUUGGAAUUUUUUUGGGAAUAUUUUCAUUAAUCCAACUAUUUUGUUUGUGUGUCUUCCGUGAGCUUUUUACUGCUGAUGUUCGCCAUUCAUUUGCUUGGAACAAUAUAAAAUCAAGGUCAAAUUCUUCAUUUAAUGUGCUUUUAAUGAUUUAUAAGCAGCUUUUUAUUUUUAUGCAUGUGUCUAUGAGCUCUAAGAAGGUCUGAUACUAUGCUAUAAUUAUGACUUUUUCUGGAAUUCUUGCAUUGAAAGUUUGAAAGUCUGAGCCCUAUUAUAAUCUAAUAACCAAUGUUAUUCAAGUUUCAAUGAUGCUCGGCGUAAUGGGAAUAUCAUUUAAUUUUUUAGUAGGCAUAUGAAUGGAUAAUUCAGGAAUUAUUGCUUUAUUAAGCAUUUGCGUAGUACCGCUUGCUCUUGGGAUUAUUUUCUACUGAAUGCAUAAAUUUUCAUUAAAGCAAUCGUAUAAAGGGACUUAUUUAGACGAGUAUACUUUUGAACUGAGGCUAAGGAAGCAAUUAACUUCAAAAAAUUUUAAAAAUUUUUUACAAAUUUAUAACAAAUUUUCAGAAAUACAUAAAAUUUCCCAAAUCAGUAAAGAUAAGCUUUUGGUUGUUUGGGAAGUAAAUUAUUGCUUAUUUUCAGCAGAAGAUUUUAGCUUACUCUCCCCUUUAAAUAUUUAACAAAAUAUUGGCAAAAUUUUUAUUUUGGGUACAUUAGCCCCUUUAAAUUGGAUCAUAAUUUUAUUUUUGAAUGAUUUACAUAAUUUCAAUAAAAUAUAGCCCUUUGGACCUUUUUGCACCAUAAACUAGUUUACAGCUAUUUCCUAGCUGUAUGCAACCAGUAAAGCAAGGUUUACUAGUGCACAAAAAGCUCUAUGGGCGGCGAUAUUAUUUAAACAAUUUUUUACACUGAAUCUUUAUCUUUUUUAAUUAAAUCUUUAUAAAAUUUAAUUAUGUAUAUUUUUUUGAUGGCAGUGUUUACCUCUAUUCAAAAAAACUGUAUAUUUUUUAAAUUAUAUAAAAUUUUUAUCAAUUGGAGAUGGAUCUUUUAUUCCAUUUAAAAGGAGGAGUUAGCUAAAAUAAAGCUUGCAAGAAUGUCUCAAGUUCAUAAUAGUUUUGAAGGAGAAGUCCAAGAGCAAAGAAUAUACCAAUGAUUUAAAAUCAACGAAAAAAGCAUUUCAGAUGAAAAUGACUUUUUAUCCUAUUUGAAUGAGUUAGAACUAGCUAAAAAAGAUGACAAAGCUCUAUGCAAAUUUUUACUAGAUUUAUGAAAAGAAGCAUCAAUAGAAAAACCUAAAAUUUCCAAGCUUGAAUAUUUAGUCAAAAAUUCAGCAUCAUUAAUCAAAUCAGUGAACUCAAUUUAUACAAAACUUUUGAAAGAAAAACACCCAAAAUCUUAUGAAAUUUAUGGGAGUCUACUACAAAACAUCCUUUAUGAUUUUAGCAGAGGAAAAAUAAUUUUAGACAAAGCUUCACAGAACUCGAUUAUUCAAGAGCCUAAAAAAAUAGAAAAAAUAGAAAAUUUUGAAGAAGGAAAUGGGAAUAUUUUAAUUUCUGCUAAUAAAGACUCAUUCGGAGUUAUUGUAUAUAUCAAUGAAAUAGCGGCUCAAAUGCUGAAAGGAACAGUAACAAACAUUUUGGAAAAUAAUAUAAUUCAAUAUAUCCCAUCACCUUAUAAUGAAAAUCAUUUAGAAAUUAUGAAAAAAUUUGUUGAUAACUGUACAGGCCCUGAAAUAUUUAAAAAUUAUUCAUGGUUUACAAUGGAUUGCCAAGGAUAUUUAAAUGAAUCGUAUACACUAAUUAAAUUGACAGCACUUAGAGAGGAUUUAUUUUUUAUGGUAUCUAUGAAGCCUAUUUCUUCUAGUCAUCAAGUUGCAUUAAUAUCAGAAGAUGGCACAAUAUAUUGCCAUAGUGAUCUUUUUGCAAAUGCUUUAGAUUUGCCUAAUCAAUUUAUAAAUUAUCAGAAUAUUUUAUCCUAUAUUCCCAAAUUUUUUGAGUUAGAGCUUUUUGAGCCAGAAUUAAUUGUAGGUAAGCAAGCUAUUGCUGUUGUUCAUGGUAUUAAAUAUUUUAAAAAAUCUGAAGUCCAUUAUGCUAUUUUAAUUACAGAUAAGAGCGAAAUAACAGAAUGGCUACAAAAGAGCACUUAUGAGCAACGAGAAUUCUUUGGCCAACUUACAAAUCGCUCUAUAAUAAAUGAGCCUAAGCAAAAUGAUACUAAAAUACCAACUGACCAUGAUGAUGAUAGAGUUUAUAAACGAAAAAGCAAUGCGAGUAUAACAACUUUUAUAGAUGAUGUUGAGGAUUCAAACAAUCUAGAAAAGUGCAGGCACAAAUUUGAAGAAUUAGGGUCAAAUAUUUCAUUUCAAGUCAGUUCCUAUAAUUUCAUUAACAGUAAGUAAUAUUCAGGCAAAGAAAAAUCAAUCAUAAAUCAAUCAGAGCAGUCAUUGAGAAAAUUCAAAUUAGUUUUAUUUUUUUCGGUAUUAUAUAUGUAGAUCAUUUCUGUACUAAUAACAAAUGUUGCAAUAAUAAUCUAUAUAGCAGAUGCAGUGAAUCAUUCUAGAUCAAUCAACACUUUCAAUGACCUCGGAAUUAUUUUGUAUAGAAUUGCAUCAGCUGCAGAAAAUUCCAGAUUAAUAGAUUUGGCUAUAUCUUAUAACCAUACUGAGGUUUCUUAUUAUACUAGCAUGCUUGAGCAAACAAGGUCUGAUCUAUUAACUUAUCAAAGUACUUUGUAUAAGCAUUAUGAGGACUGAAGCUAUUGUGACUCAUCAAAAAUAAUUAUGCUUGAUAUUAUCCCAAUAUGAGAUUUUAAUAAUAAUGAGGAGCCUAGGCGAAUUUUCAUGAAUUUGUAUGAUGCUCUGAGUGAAUUUAUUGGACAUGUAAAAUAUAUUUAGAUAAAUAGUAUGAUUGGGAAUGUUAAAAAUUCAGAAAAUUAUACUAAUGACUUGCAAUUUUUAGUUGCAAAUGGCUUGGGGGAAGCUUUUUAUAUGUCAAAUUCAUCGCUGAAUGGACUUGUCAACUGUGAAAUAGACAGAAUUAGCACUAUAGGAACAUUUACUAUUGUUUUAGAUGUCAUUGGAGCAAGCAUACUUGGUAUUUGUAUGGCAUUUCUUGUAUUUUAUAUAUUGUUUAUCAGCAAAAAAUAUAACAACCUAUGAAAUUUUAUCCGAGAAAAAAUAUAUGCUUGCUACUAUGAGCUAAUAAAAAAUUGCAAAGAUAGGCUAGCAUUGGUACACAAUGAAGAACUAGAAGAAGUAGAUAUUCCAUUAAGAAAAAAAUACAAAAGAAUUUCAAUAAAUAUAAGAAUGAGAUAUAUCACAAGACUAGCACUAUUUAUAAGUUUGACUGGGAUAUAUUAUAGCUUAGUUCAUGGAAUUAUGUAUCCUGAUGUUGAAGAAUAUCUAAAAAAAAGGCCACAAAUUAUGUACAUAUAUGUACAAAGAAGGGCAAUUAUCCCAAAAAUAGGCUUUUUUGCAAGAGAAGCUGCCCUUGACGACCAAGAAAAGCAGCUAAAACAGCUGAUUCCUAAAAGUCUUUCUUUUCCUAACGCAAAUAAUGAGCUAGCAGAAGCGAUUACGAUCUUUAUGAAAUGCACCCACUCUUUUAUGUGAAACAGAAAAUACAUAAAAAUGGUGACGACAGACCACCGACCUCUCGACCCUAUUUCUUCAACAUCAGCAGGCAACGGCCCAGUGGUGGAGAUUUAGGUGGAAAGGGGCCGGUAAUCCUUUAUGUAUGUUCGGGCUGGGUUUUCAUCAAGCCCGAGGAGAUAAUUCUCGGACUUGGAGUUUUUCCUCCAGGACAACCAUUGGAAAGGGGCAAGGUCGGCCCAAUGUUUGAAGGCAAUAUGGCCUUCAGACCCAGAAGAUGGUAUUUGCCCCAACGAGAAACUGGGAGUUUCGACCCAGGUGGUUGGCCCUUAGACUCCAGAAGCCAUGGAAGUCAAGACUGGUGGUGCGAAUCCCUUGUUUGAGGCAACAAGGAGGGUGUCCGCCGAGGCUCCUCAGGGGCGAUGAGCGUGUAGGGGUGGAAAUCCCCGGCCCUGCAAGGCAAACGGCUUAAUCUAAUCUAAUCUAAUGUGAAACAGAAAAUAUUUACCAGCAAUGAUGAGAACCUCUUUAUUUGAGCACGGCUCUUCUCCAAUUUAUCAAUCAAAUCUGGGAUCCAUAUGAUGGACUAAUUUAUUAAUGUUUGAGGCUUCUGCAUUGCAGAAAUAUGACUCACUCCCCCCCCCCUCCGUGAGCGAACAAAAAAAUUUUUGUUCGCUCACGGAGGGGGGUUAAUUUUUUUUUUUUAAAAAAAAUUUAUAUAUAAAUUUUAAAAAAAAAUAUUUUUUUCGAAAUUUAAAAAAAAUCCUAAUUUGCAAAAAUUGGGAAAGCAAAUAUUAAUUUAAUUUGCAAAAUUUAUGUUUUAAAACGCAAUUUGUUUAAAAUUAAACAGAAUUAGCUCUAGAUUUCAUUAUACUAAUUAUCACUUAUAUAUCAAAAUUUUUUUCCAUUAAAAUUUUUUCUAUUAAAAAAAUUUUUGUUCACUCACGGAGGGUGGGUUUUUGGUCAAAAAAAAUGGCGAUUUUUCUAAUGGUUUUGUUCGCUCACGGAGGGGGGGGGGGGAGUCAGAAAAAAUGAGCCAGCUUUGGAUUUUAACCAGGAGGUACACUGAACUUCAAUUGAUGAUGGCGCGUGUUUUUAGUGUUAUAGACGAAGGAUCUAAAGAAAUGAUAUCAGACAGACUCAGCGAUAUUGUAAAUACAGCAAUCAUAUAUAUACCUGCUUGCCAAUAAUAGCCCACUAAGGAGCAUUUUUAGUUCGCCAUCUUAAAUUUGGUUAGCCAGAAAAUAUGACAUGUCAACGAAUUUGGCAACCAGCUAUUCUCCAGCCAACCAAAAAAUGUUCCUUAGUGGGCUAUUCUUGAUAACUAAGUAUAUAGUUCUUUCAGUCUUUUUAUACUUGCUAUAUUUUUUACCAUAUCUUUCAAGAGAAAUAAGCAAAUUAAACAGGCUGAAAGUGAUUCUUUCAAUAAUUCCUAUUAAGGGUAAAGCUAAUGAAUCUACUUAG